AUGCUGGAAGAAUCCAUCUACCUGUACCCCGGAAUGGGACUCGAACCCAUUCGCGAUCCAGGGACUGCUCUAACCAAUGAGCUAUCUAGGACCCAACAGCUUUGCUACUACAGAGCGUAUUUUCAUCAAUGUUCCGGCAAUACAUGUAAUGACGAGUUAAAUGCAGCUCCAUGCAAUCCGGCAGUGUGUACACCGCAAGUUAGAAAAAGGAGCAGCGCUGUGCAAGCACAUGAAGGGGAAAAAUGGUCACCUCAUUCAGGUUUGAACCGCAGCGGUAGUUUCGUAUCACCACGUAAAGAUGCCUCUGACGACUCUAUGCACGAAAAGUACUUCAAGUCCGUUGAGAGUACGCCGCUUACGAGAAGAAAGUUGAAACAGCAAUCUGCGGGCGGAUCAUCGUGCGACUCCGCAUCGCCGCAGAGCCCGAGCAGUCCAUUGCAAAAGCCUCAGCCAACACCAUUUUUACAGACGAGUGCAGCGCGGCCGUCGUUGGUAUCAUCUAUAUCACUGGCGACAGACGCGGCGGGCGGCGGCUCCAGAGUUAUGCAUAGUCUCGAGAGACCACAUCAACUCACCAGACACUCAAGGGAACGGUUCUCUGAUAGGCAUUUAGACAAAGAUAGGUUAGCGGAACUGGAACGCAUGGAUCGGUAUCCUGAGAAACAAGCCGUGUACAGCGUGGACAAGCCGUUUAGGCAAACAAGUCUCGACUUAAGGCACAACGCUGCUUCUAACUGGCAUCCGCCGCGGGAGUUCACUAGGCGGCAGCAAGCGGAGCCGGAGAGGUAUACUUCGAGCAAGAAUUCGUUGUCUUCAGGCAGUAGUAAACAUCGUACACCACCACACGAACCUCACCAUAAUUUCAUGCGGCUCUCCUCCGCUAACGAGCAAGAUAGUAUUGCUGCCGUGAACUACAAGAUGAAGUGUGUCAAUUUGGAGCCGCCGCUAACUGAACCAAAUGUACAAAAACAUAAUCAACGAUUAGAAAGAACGUCCACGCCUAAAGACCGAACUAAAUCAAGAAGACAUAAAAGGCCCGUUGAUGACGACCCAUUAAUGGACGCUGAAGAGGAAGAAGACGAUGGGGGUGGCUCCCCCCUAUACUGUAACUGGGACUUACGAGGCAUGCAACAUUUGCUGCCACUGCAGGAUUACAUUAUACAACAGGCGAAGCUAUCGAGUCGUGGUCGAUACACCGGCGAUUCCGGAUCAGAUGGCGAGUCCGGUUCGUCGAGAUCUCGGUCCGGUUCCGAGUCGCGGUCGCUGUCCGGCCACGAGCCGGAUAACGAAUCGUCGGACGGCGGUGCUCGAACGCCGGACGAUGACGACGGUUCCGGCGUGUACUUGCCGCAUUCGUAUGCGCAUCGUCCGGCCGACGUCGAGUAUAUGAACCACGGAGUUUCUUAUUAUAAUACGUUCGUCGGUUUCGAUAGAGAUCGGCAGCCGUCUCCUGGAAUUCAUAGGACGUCAUCCCUGGGUGGGAGCGGGGGCGCGAGCGGGAGCGGUGCGGGCGCGGGGGCGGGCAGCAGGGCGUCGGCGGGGGAGGUGAGCGCGGGCGCGGGGGCGGAGGGGGGCGCGCUCUACAGCCCGGUCAGGUCGCACGCGCACGCGCACUUCACCCGCCCACAACCGCCGGAACAAGACAUCGAGAUAUUCGCCAAGGACAAUCUCAAUUUCAACAAGGGAAUAUUUAGGAGAAAGGCCUCUGUACGUGAUAUGCUAUCAUGGACGUCCUCAUCAAUAAACGCACCUAUGGUAGGAGCGGAUUGGGACAAAGCACAUAAGAAGGCCGCGAUAGAUCUGUUUAGACUCGUUCAAAUAUACAUGGGCGAUAGGAAAGCAAGACCGGGAAUGACUCUCAACUCUGUCGCACAGGAUAUAUUGCACGCCACUUUUUCUAAUGAGAAACUACGCGACGAACUGUAUGUGCAGUUGUGCAGACAGACCACUGAGAAUCCCCUCCGGGACUCUUUGCUACGUGGCUGGGAGUUGCUGGCCGUUUGUCUUGCGUUCGUGCCACCCUCUCCUGCCUUCCAACCGGCCCUCACCAAUUAUGUUAAUAGGCAUCGGGACCCAGCGUUUGCUGAUGCUUUUCCAGAAGUUGGUAAAUGGCCGAUCCAUGUGCAAGUAUCUCACUACGCGGGCGUCGCAUGUAAACGGUUAGAGAGGAUCGGUUUUAGUGGUAAAAGGCAACCGCGGAAACCCUCCACUGAAGAUAUAGACCAGGCUAGGACAACAGCAUAUAUAGUUAGUGCGGCAGGAAGUAAUAUACGUCCUAUUUACUGUAAACUUGAUUUCGGAAACUUAACAUAUAUUAAUUGUGAUCGCAAAAAUGAGUUUUUACCAAUUCAAAUCUUCCGACAGUCUAUGUUCGGAAAUACGUUAGCGGAAGUGAUGGCGUUGCAGAAGGACCGUUUUCCUAAUAGACAAUUACCUUGGGUGCAAGUAGCGUUGUCACAGCAGAUAUUGGCUCUUAACGGCAAGGAGACGGAAGGCAUAUUCAGGGUGUCGGCGGAUGUGGAUGAGGUUAACGCGCUCAAAGCUAAAAUUGACAGUUGGGAAUUACCCGAUGCGUCGACGUUGACAGAUGCCCACGCACCAGCUAGUCUAUUGAAACUAUGGUAUAGAGAAUUGUACGAGCCGCUGAUACCCGACUCAUUGUAUGCGUCAUGUGUGGCGGCAGGCGGUGACAUGCAAGCGUGUACGCGCGCUUUACAACGACUGCCGCCCCUCAAUCGACUGGUACUCACUUAUUUAAUAAGUUUCCUACAGCAGUUCACCGCGCCGGAAGUGGUGAGUCAGACCAAAAUGGACUCCGCUAAUCUCGCGAUGGUGUUUGCGCCCAAUUGUCUACGUUGUACCUCGCAGGAUCCCCGCGUAAUAUUAGAGAAUGCGCGCAAAGAGAUGACCUUCCUCAAAACACUUAUCACAAACCUCGACACCUCACACGUUCAAAACUUGCUGUGACCGAAUCUCAGCUUCUGCAACAACAAUACGGAAACGCUGACUGAUUUCUAGGUAAAAAAAAAAACGCGCUUUCGACUCAUCUAGACUAAAUGGUGGUUUCGAACGUGGCGGAGCGAGGAGAGGAAUCGAUGCGGGGGAAAAUUUCGAUGAAAUUUGAAUUGUCUUCAGAAUAAAAGGUCGAAAUGCGGGAUGAGAUGUGCUAAGAAUUGACUAUUUCUCUUUCAAAUGUCUUUGCAUAAUGCAUGCACAUUUAUUUGGCGAUGGCUAUAAACUAGUUGAAUACGAAUCGCAAGGUGUAUUAUGCAGUUCUCCCACAUCGCAUCUACUCCUCGCUUCGCCGAUAUAAAAACCAACAUAAGUGUUCGCUAAAUGGGCGAAUUCCCCUCAAAUAUCGUGAACGCGGUCGUUGCAUCGUUUCGCGUGUUCUCGGUUCUAGUCUGAUUUCCGGUAUUCUAUAUGGAAGUGGAUGCGCCGGCGCGGUGCGACGACCACGCUCCCUACCUUCCCUCGAAUCAAACUCGACAUUCUUGUAUAUUUUUUGUAUUUUUGUACGCUAUAUCAUAAUUUUUAUUUGGUUGUAUCCAAAGAUAUUUAAAGAGAUGUGAUUUUUUAUUAUAUUAGACUUGAGCUUUACAAAAGUGUAAGUGCAAUGUGUUUCAGCGGAUAUUUGUUGAACGAUUGUGUGUUUGUUAUGAUUAGUUACUGUGUUUAGUGCGAGUAAGAGAGUGGACUCGUUUAAGGAGAUAUUAUUUUUAUCAAUACUAUUAAGGUUUAAUUAAAUAUACAUAAUUAUUUUUUCAUUCCUUUUUAUAAUCAUAAAUUAUAUUAUGUUUCGUAAUAGAAUAUGUUUGGAUUCCAUCUGCUUCCAACGAGUGAACAACACAAAAUUCGAUUUUAAGUUGGUGAUAAUAGUUUAGUAUCUUUCCCCUCCCAUUGCACAAACAUGACAUAUGUUGGGAUGAAAAAGUUUAUAUUUUUUUAACUCUCACUUCAACUAAAGACAUUCAAGAAAUAAUAUGACAAAAAAGUAUUAUUAGUGAUGCACAGUUUAUCCAAAUUAUAUGCUACGCUUAUAACUGAUAUGUAAAGA